AUGUUCGUGUCCGGGUCGGGAGAAAACAGCCGUGGGUACCGGGACGCGAGCGGGACUGUGCGGGUGUCCGAGCGUAAAGGAAACGUGCCUUUUAAAUGUUUUAAAACUGAUUCUAAUAUCUUCCCCACCCCCUCUUUUUUUUUCCUUUCCCCUCUUUCUUUCAAGGUCCUUGAUGCUUCAACACUCAGCUUUGGUACCAGAGUCAAAUGGUUUGGCAUAUGUUUUAUUGCUGGCAUUGCGUGUUCUAUUCUCGUAAGUAAAGUGUAACAAACCCCAAAGGGAAUCAAACUUUUUGCAGUGUUCUAUACUCUGGGAAAUAUUGCUGCAUUAGCCAGUACAUGUUUCCUGAUGGGGCCCCUGAAGCAAUUGAAAAAAAUGUUUGAGCCAACGAGGUUAAUAGCUACAAUUGUGAUGCUGCUUUCUCUAAUAUUGACCCUCUGUGCUGUGUUCUGGUGGGGUAAAAAAGGUUUGGCAGUAUUAUUCUGCAUAUUGCAGUUCUUGGCAAUGACCUGGUAUAGUCUGUCAUAUAUUCCUUAUGCAAGGGAUGCUGUGAUUAAAUGCUUCUCAUCCUGUCUAGAAUAAAUUAAGAGCAGGGAGCCACUUUACACUUUAAGAGCCAACUUUUCUUCUUCUGUGAAUUUUGCUCAAAAAGCUAUACUCUUCUACUCCUGAAAUACCUAGUGACAACUUAGCAUUGUCCUUGCCUUUGCAGUUGGAGGAUUAAAUCAUUUUUGCUAGUAUCAGUUUUAAAAAUAAAUUGGGAUAACUGCAUUUCUUUACACUGGAACAUUUAGGUUUUUUUUUA